CAUCUAAAUCUUGUUAUGUUAUUUUGUUUGGAAUAACCAAUAAGGUCAACUUGCUUACACAUCCAAACUUUAAACUAAAUUCUGCUUGUGCUUUUGUCAAUUGGCAUUCAGAAGUUUUAUGAUUUGUCGCAAGUUACACAAAGUGGACUUUCUUCGUCUUCUAGAACUUUCUUGCAUUUUAGUUGGAGAGAACUUUCUUUUGAUUUCAUCCUCCUCCAUGUUCUUGCCCCCCGGACUCUUACAUGGAUGCAUUGCCUCGUUUAUCAUAUUAUUUCUGAACCUCUUCCUGCGGGCGAGAGAGAGAGAGAGAGGUUUCCAUGGAGUUUAGUGAAAGAGAAUCUGGUAAACAGUAAUACCCACGAUCUUUCAUACAGGGAAAACCUACAAUUUUGUAACACUACCGGUUGCCUUUUCACUGUUAUUCUUUUUAUUCGACCACGUUGUGAUUAGGAUGAGGAUGUCAAAUAUGAAUGAUCUGGACGUUGAUAUAUUUAUAUUUCCAUGAUUUUUCAUAUUUUCAAGAUCAUCAGAUAUCUCCAUGUUGCUUGACUCAUGAAACAUAUAUGAUAUUUGGUAUGCCAUAUUCUCUUUCUUCUUCUUUUUACCUUUCUAUUGUAUUUUAUUUUUCCAUAUUAAUGAUUUGAUUGUAUUUUAUUUGAUGAGCAAUAUUAAUGAUUGUUGUUGUUUUUUUCUCCAAACAGUUCAUUUAUUUAUAUUUAGUUUUUUUUUUUUUUGGUAUGUUUGGCAUACAAUACUCUCUCUUCUCCUUUGAGGUGUAAUCUUGGUAUGAAGUCUUAGUCCAAUGGUGUGUCCACGAUAGUUAAUGGGAAUUGGGAUAAUCAUUGAGGGCAUAGUUGGAAUCCGGUCAGGUCAGGUUGGGUUUUUUUCAACUGUUAAGCUCGUAUGACUUUUAUGCGUGUAUCUUCCUGCCUUUAUCUUUCCUUUGUACAUAUGAAAUGAAGAUUGGUUUUUAUGUCAUGAAGUGGGCAAAUGCUUAGAUAGCAUUGAUCAUGGGUCGUGCAAGCAAAGAAAGGGUUAAGACUAGUGGGUUUUGGAAAAGUCCUUUCCGUGCCCGAGUCACAACUAGGAACAACUAUCAAGAAGGAAAAAAAGAGAACAAGUUAUUUGUGGUGCUUAGGUUUAUCACCCUGAUUAUUUGAGCACAUCCCUUGAUUUACCUCUUUAGUAUAACUCUAGGGGCGGGGUAGCUGAAGACGCAAGUAAUGGGACGUAAUCUAAAAAAAAAAAAAAAAGAACAACUAGUUAAGUUAAAAGAGAGGAUGUACCAUGGCUUGUCCCUUUUCGUCAUAGGCCAGUAAGUUUUUAGACGCGAGCAUCUUUGUUCAUUUUUUACACUGAUUUGUCCUAGUAAGUUGUAUUGAGUUGGAACUUGGGCAGAGGACAAACAGGGUAGAGGACAGUUCAGUUAGCAUCGUACUAGCCAGCCAACUCCUUUUGUGUUCAUCCUUGAUGUAGGGAUCUCCCGAAAGAGUGAGAUGGGCACUUUUUAAAUGAGGUAGUAUUAGGCUACUAUUUGCAAGUCAAGCGACAUGACAUUUGCAGAGUCAAUUAAUAAUGAGGAGUUAUACAGUGACUGACAUGUUUCAUUUUUUAAGUUAAUCGAGUGCUUUGAAGCCUACAAUAUCUUUUCUUUGAUAAAAGAUUUAUCUAAUUACACCAUAUACAUAACUUUUCUGUUUCAUUGGAGGUUUUCCUUUUGAAAGACUGUAUGUUAGAUUAAUUAGGUACGUCACUUUAAUUUUAACUAAUAUUAAAAUAUAGUAAGAACAAUUAUUUACGGUCAAUCUGAGGAGGAAGCCAAAGCGGUUGUCCUAAUGAUUACCACCAUUGUUAAACUCAGCUACUUUUCUAGAACUUUCUUAGAUCUUUGGAUCAAAAUAUAAGAAUAGUUCAUUGCUUUCUGCGCUUCAGUAGAAAAUAAAACAGAAACGGGCGCUUUUGUCAUUCCGUUUGACUCCAUCACUUUGCAGAGCAAAAUAUCUGGCAAAGCAACAAAAUAGCAGAGGCUGGCGCGCGGCAGCAAGUUCCCAGGCGCGGCAGCGUUCGGCGGAGAAAUAUUAUUCAAAUCACUCAUUCUAUCCCAUACGAGUCUCCGACCGACAACAAUUUCACCAUUUUUUAACAAGUUAUUCAAUGAUUUCUCCACUCCAAUUAGCAGGAAUUCCAUAAACAAAUGUCCCCAUUCAACCCUACAGUCGGACCACCUUUGCCCGCUCUUUUAAGCCCCUUAAAGCUUCCCCACCCCACCUGAACUGAAUCCUUCUGCUCUGCACCAUUUCCUAGUUUCCCCGUGCGCCUAAUUUAUAUUGUUGUUUUCUCUCUGUUUCUCCGAUGGCAAGUGGAAGUGGCUCGCCUUGCGGUGCCUGCAAGUUCCUGCGCCGGAAAUGCGCGCCAGACUGCGUUUUCGCUCCCUACUUCCGGCCGGACCAGGGCGGCGCGGGGCGGUUCGCCGCCGUUCAUAAGGUGUUCGGCGCCAGCAACGCCUCCAAGCUGUUGCUCCAUGUGCCAGCGGCCGAUCGCUGGGAGGCGAUGUUGACUAUCGCCUACGAAGCUCAGGCCAGAGUCAGCGAUCCUGUCUAUGGCUGCGUCGCCCACAUCUUCGCCUUGCAACAGCAGGUGGCAUGGUUGCAAGCCCAACUGACACAAAUGAAGGCCCAGCUGGCGCAAAACUUGAUUGACGCCUCAAUUAGUGCAAAAGACCAGUGGCCGGAAAACAUGGUGGCGGCGCCAUAUUUUCCGGCGAGUUCAAGCUACAUGGGGUCAGUGUCAUCUCAGGGCUCACAGGAGUCUAUGGAUCAGAGCAUUGGCGAAAUGGGUAUCCAUCAAGAGUUUGAAAGCAGAGAUGAAUACUUUUUGCCAUCAUUUUACAGCAGCAAGAAGGGAGCUUCACAAAGCGAUCAUCAUCAUCAGCUGGAGCUGGGUGAGCUUCACGCAUUGGCCCUGAGCAUGAUGAGAAACUGAAUCAUCACAAACGCUGCUAAUUGAAACCAGAUGUCGUAAUUAACAAUGAUAAUUAAGACUAUAAUAUAAUAAUAUAUAUAUAUAUAUUGUAAUAUGGCUUAAUAAUGUGUAUACAAUAGGGAAACUUGGUAUAAGUAAUAUAUUAUAUCAUGAGCCUACAGCUA